UGCGCCUUGGAGCAACCUUGAUUACCAAAGGGAGAUAAUAAAGGAAAUCUUCAACAGAAAGAGGAACAUAAAGUACCCUUUUCCGGUUUGGCAAUAUUGCUUGACAUUUCUGACGUUUUGCAUUUUUACUAAACAACAAAGAAAGUGUGACUUAAUUCAAUGGCAGACAAUGCUGAUCAAUCUGAAACCGAACUAACUAGAUCGAAAUCAGUGGAUGAGAAAGUCGCGGAACUAGAAUUGAAGACCCGAGCUGUACACGAUGCAGAACCGCUGACGAAAAUCCUUGUGCUGUACACAGGGGGAACGAUUGGAAUGGUUACAAAAAAUGGAGUGUAUGAGCCGGAGCCUGACUGUAUGGUACAGAAACUCAGAGCCCUUCCCAUCUUCCAUGAUGCUGAAUAUGGAGACGCUCAUUUUUGCCCUGAAACUAAGGCGAAUCAUCUAGCUUUACCACUUACAAAGGAGGACUUCCGUGUGUUGUUCACUGUGGAGGAGUUCGAGCCGCUCCUAGACUCAUCCAACAUGAACAUGCAGGACUGGGCCACCAUUGCUAAUAGGAUACAGGACAACUAUGACCAGUUUGAUGGAUUUGUGGUUCUGCAUGGCACGGACACGAUGGCAUACACUGCAUCUGCUCUCUCCUUCAUGUGUGAACACCUGGGCAAGCCAAUCAUACUCACCGGCUCACAGAUCCCGAUCUAUGAAGUGAGGAGUGAUGGCCGGGACAACUUCCUCUCGUCGCUCAUCAUUGCUGGGAACUACUGCAUCCCCGAGGUGCUUGUGUGUUUCAACGAAAAGGUGUUUCGAGGUAACCGCACCAUCAAGAAUGAUUCAACAAGCUUCAGUGCUUUCAAGUCCCCCAACAUGGCUCCCAUCGUGACGCUGGAGAUUGAUAUUUCAGUGGACUGGGCAGGUGUAUUCCGCAGCGGCACCACGGAGAAGUUCCGUGUGGCAACCAACUUCUGCCCCAAUGUGGGUCUGUUGAGGAUCUUUCCAGGCAUAACUGCUCAAACAGUGCGAGCAUUUAUGCAGCCGCCAAUGCAGGGAGUUGUUCUUCAAACAUACGGGGCUGGUAACGCCCCCGACAACCGACAGGACCUGCUGCAACUGUUCCGGGAAGCCACCAACUGGGGCAUCAUCAUCAUCAACAUCACCCAGUGUACUCACGGCAGAGUGUCCACAUCCUACGCUACAGGGAAGGCCCUGCGAGAAACAGGGGUCAUACCUGGCGGCGACAUGACCCCAGAGGCCGCUCUCGCCAAACUCGGAUACAUUCUCGGCAAAGAUAGUUGGUCUCUGGACAAGAAGCGAAAGAUGAUGAGCCGCAACCUGCGCGGUGAGAUGACCACGUCUAUCCAGGAGGAGAUCUCCAUCAUGGACCACGAGCUGAUAGAGAGUGUAGCCAGGACCCUCAGCCUCAGCAGCAAGGAUGAGAUUGUGAAACUGCGCGAUGCUCUGUAUCCCAACCUGAUGUGUGCUGCAGCCUGCACUGGGGAUGUUCAGGCUCUUGAAAAGCUACGCCAGACUGGGGGUAAUAUAUCUGCUGCCAACCAAGAUGGCCGCACAGCUCUACAUGUGGCCUGUCGGGGUGGUCAUUUCUCCACCGUGCAGUAUCUGCUCCACCAUGGGGCAUCGGUCCACAUCAAGGAUUACCAUGGCGACACCCCACUGAUUGAUGCCAUCAGUGGGAAGCACAUGGCCAUCAUCAAGCUGCUGGUCCAGACUGGGGCUGUCAGUCCCCUGAAGCCCGAGAAGAUGGCGGUGGAGCUGUGUAGUGCUGCCUCUCAGAAUGAUGUUGACACAAUCAGGGCAUGGCACGAGGCAGGAGCUGACCUCAACGUCUGUGACUACAACUACCGAGCUGCACUUCAUGUGGCUGUGUGUACCUACAACACAGACGUUGUGCAGUACCUCCUUGACAACGGCGCCAACACAGAUAUACAGGAUAUAUUUGGUAACACACCCAUGUCACAUGCAGAGAAGCUGUGCUACCAUGACAUCUUGAAGAUGAUGGGCCAAGAGUCUGCUGUCAAUCAUAUUGAGUGACAUUCUAACAGCCAAUCAGAUCACAUACAAUUGUAAGCCAUGUACAAUUGUGUCACUUGGGCAUUAUUGUGAUGAGGGUCACGUGAGAGUGAGAUUAAUCCUAACAUAGUAACCAGGAAGUGUUCAUCCUGAAGUUGUUCUCAGUGUUCUGUGAACAUUACUGGCUGGUAACAGUUCCUUUCAUUCUGAGUGCAUGAGAAGUUACAUUGAAUGUUUACUUGAGCACUGUGAAUUCUACAAUUGUGAAUUUAUGUAGAAUUGAUGACAUCCUCCGCUCUGUCUGGUUCAGAAUAUUCACGGAAGAUAGAAUAUAAUGAACACACAUGCCACGGAGGAGAAAUAGGGUAUAUUCAGUGAAUGGUCACAUUUCCCUUCCAAAUACCAUGUCUACUUCUUAAUUAGACAGAAAAGUCCAUAAUUGUACAAAAUGUUUUGUGGCCAGUCACUUACAAUAUGUCGAGCUUGAGAUCUGAUAUGUUGGUGAAAAAUGUUGAGAUUAUGGGGUUAGUGUUUAAAUUGAAGCUAUAGUGAACAUGUUUAAACUGAGAUGUUGGUGAAAAAUGUUUAUGCUCAGAUGAUGGUAUGAUGAUGAUGAUGAUGAUGAUGAUGAUGAUGAUGAUCUGUUUCAGUUUCUCUCAGUGAUUUGUUGAACACUACCCAAUGUUUAUUAAUAUGGUUGUAGACACAAGUCAUCUACAAGACAACAUACACUAGUUUGUGAAGAAACUGCGCUUCCCUGUUGGAAAUGCUUUCUGUAGCUUCACAGUUUUCGACAGCCACAGAGCACUUUACAAAGAAUGUUUUAAAUCAUUGUAGAUCUCAUGACAAGGAAAAUUACCAAGUUAUCUCAUUACCUCACAAAUUAUUGAUCUCAAAUUUGUUAAAAUUAGAAAUGUCUACUGUCUGGAAUGAUCCCAUCGACAUGGGGAGGAAUGGUUUCUGGUUGUGUUGGCAAGUGACCAAAUAGUUUCUAUGAGGUUAUUUAUGCAGUAAUGGGUAGUUUUUAUGUUUGUUUGUUGUUUAAUGCCUCACUCAGCAAUAUUCCAGCUAUAUGACGGCUGCCUGUAACUACCUGAGUCUGGACCAGACAAUCCAGUGAUUGAUAUCAUGAGCAUCGCUCUACACUACUAUUGAGAUGCGAUGACAUGCAUCAACCAAGUCAGCGAGCUAGAACACCCAUUCCUGUUACACCUCUUACAUGGCAAGCAUGGUUUGCUGAAGAUCGAUUCUAAACCUGAUCUUCACGGUGGGACAAGCAUCGGUUUCUGAAGACCAAUUCUAACCUGAAUCUUCACAGGGAACAAGCAUGGGUUUCUGAAGACCAAUUCUAACCCUGAUCUUCACGGGGAACAAGCAUGGGUUUCUGAAGACCAAUUCUAACCCUGAUCUUCAUUGGGUUAUAUUUGUACUGCCAUGUCAAGCUGAAGAAAGUAGACCUGAUACUAACGGAAACCAUAUUUCCUGCAAUAGAUGACCAGAUAGUGUAUUUACUCAGACAAUAUGAGUCAGCAUUUUAUGUUUCAUAAAUCUCAUUAAAAUCAAAACUUUUGUCUGGAUUAAGAUCAGAGGAUACUUCCCUAACAGGUCAGGUGAACCCUGUGCGAACUUUGACUCCCCAAUCUUUAAAAAAGCUGUGUUAUGUGGGUUAUCAAGCAAAUCACCUGUCAGGUUUCUAAAAUGAUCUUUUAUACUGAUACGAUACCAAUGUCAUUAAAAUUAAAUCUUUUAUACUGAUACGAUACCAAUGUCAUUAAAAUCAGAUCUUUUAAACUGAUGCGAUACCAAUGUAAUUAAAAUCAGAUCUUUUAAACUGAUGCGAUACCAAUGUAAUUAAAAUCAGAUCUUUUAAACUGAUGCGAUACCAAUGUCAUUAAAAUCAGAUCUUUUAGACUGAUACGAUACCAAUGUCAUUAAAAUCAGAUCAUUUAGACUGAUACAAUAGCAAUGUCAUUAAAAUCAGAUCUUUUAUACUGAUACGAUACCAAUGUCAUUAACAUCAGAUCUUUUAUACUGAUACGAUACCAAUGUCAUUAACAUCAGAUCUUUUAGACUGAUAUGAUACCAAUGUCAUUAACAUCAGAUCUUUUAUACUGAUACGAUACCAAUGUCAUUAACAUCAGAUCUUUUAGACUGAUUUCCCAGUUUUCCUGCCAAGGGUACUCAGUUUGGAACCACCUCAUCCUCAAGUCCCUCUGUGCCCUUGGCAGGAAAACUGGCGAAAAGUAAUCAUUUUUUCAAAAUUGGGAUUUUGUUUAAGUUAUUAUUUUCUAAAACUAGGAGGUAUUUUAAUUUGCCUUCACGGUAAUAGUGUAAAACUGAGCACUUAAGCCUUUUGGGUCCUCUUUAUGGGUCCUCUUUAUCCGUCCUGUUAUCUGUGAGUCACCUCUACAAGGCCAAUCACUGGUUAUCAUUGGUUAUAACUAUAGCUACAUAAAUCGGGAAAUUUGGAAUUCCUAUUUGGGAAUUUGUACUGACAUUGGCUGUAGAAUU